CUUUUAGUAUCAAAUCCAACAUGUCUAAAUGCUGAUUUUUAAGCAAUAUCUAUAUGUUGCCAACAAACCCACAAACACAACAGCUUUAGUUAUACAAAUUAAUUGUUAAAAACAAAAAAAAAAAACAACUUAUAUAUAUUAAAAAUAUCUCACCCGCCCCGUACAAGUAUUGUGUAGAAUAAUAAAAAACAAUGUUUCCCCGCCUACCAGGACCCAUAACAGAUGACAUAUUUCUGGGUGCCACAACCACAAUAAGAACAGCAUUUCCAAAUUCACGCUUAGACUCAUUAACAAAUCACAAUCAACAGCAACUGCAUCACAGCAAUAGCAACAACAAUAAUUAUGCUCAGCCAACACCAACACCUGCCAGCAAUGGUCAACAACAACAAUUGCUAUCACCAUACGAUCCAACGAUAUCGGCUGAUUUUCUGGCCACAGCAACAUUAAAUGAAGCAGCCGGAGCAGCCAUUGAAAGUGUAGCAAAUAGUUUAGGUGUAGCGGGUGCUGGUAGCGCUAGUAAUAGUAUUAACAAUAAUUUUUUACCUGCCAACAAUGAUGAUGAUGACUUUUGGUUAAAUGCCAUCGAAGAGGACACGUUUGAGUCACCAUUGGCGUUUGAUGCCAGCGAAAAUGGUCUUUGGAAUGGUCAUUUUGUACCACCGCCACCGAGGCCACCGUUUUUGGAUGAGAGUGUGGCAGCGGAUGGUCUAACAACCUGUGAUCUAUGUACUUGGGCAUGGCAACGUAAUGCCUAUUCAUUGGAUGGUUCGAUAGAUACAUCUGGUGAACUUGGUUGGGCUUUUACUCUGAUUGUAGUUUCAAUUUUAUCCGCUCUUAUUGGUGCUAUUGUUAUGGUCAUUGUGCUAAGAUGUAGAAGGUGAUUGUUUUCGAGUACUAAUGGAGGACGACCCCAGCCCUGGUGGUGCCGUAAUAAUCGUAAUGCUGGCACAAAUGGUCGGAAUUCUUUGUCAGCUAAGCAUUCGGCCGACAGUAUACGAAGGCCUACUAGCAAUUCGGGUGUCUGGACUUGGUUGGGAGGCAGUCGUCGUUCUUCCGAAGGACCCGAUCAAAUUGGACCGCCUUCCUCAUCGCCGGCUGAAAAUCAUUACACGCAUAUGGAUGAUGCUUAUAGUCCAGUGGGUGUUAACGAGGCUUUAUAUGCGGAAUUGGAUCGUGAAUCGGUGCGCUCUAAUAAUCCCUCAUAUCAAAAUACCGGUUACAGUCAGUGUGGAGAUAAAUACAAUUUCCAACAUCAGGAACAAGACAUACCCAUGGUAGUGUCUUCAGCUCCCAGCAGUGCUUACUAUUCUGAUCUAUCUGUGACAGCAGUGCCCAGCGGUUCUAGCUCUAAUGAGCGUGCUUAUGAAAUUGUGGGACUUACGGUCAUGAAUCAGCCAUUACCCAAUUGGGAUGGUGGCGGUGGUGCUGGUGUUGCAGCCACUGCUCCCCAUUUAGUACCCAAUGCUGAGGGUAUGACUUCACAACGAAGGAUACCACGUUUAGCGGCCAUUAAUGAAACCAGUACAACAACGGUACCGUCGGAUUAUGUAUGAGAUGAAAGUAAAUUUUAGAUUAGUUUUAUAAGUAAUGGAAUAAUAUUUUUUGGAAAUUUUAAGGGGAAUUUAACGAAAAUGACAUCCUGACUAUCUGGUUAUAUAUUAAAAUCCAGAAUGUUCCAAUAGUUCUUGUUCAGUUCUAGUUCAGUUCUAGU